AUGCUACAGCGAUUACUAAGGAAGAAGUUCUGUCAGACGACGACGAAAUCCAGCAAACAAGUGCCUACGAGGAGGAGGAGAAAACUUCAGGAAGAUAAUUCUACUCGUUACGCCGAUCUACGACCUGUAAGCUUCAUGGAUUCAAUUGAGAGUGGUGUUGAGAAAUUUCCUGAAUUCGCAAAUCAGAGGAAUAAUGACGCCGAAUUUCAACUUGGGAUUGUGUUCAAAAAGAUGAGGAGCAAGCGGAAAUCGAUUGUCUACACGAUUCGAUUA